CUCUCUUUUGUCUCAAUGGGCAGAGACUAAAAGCCGCCGCUGCUGCUCUGCAGGCUGAAAUUGAGGGCGGGGGCAGCUGUAGCUGCCUUGGAAACCGUGACUGCGACUCUACUACCCCUGGCUGGGCGACACUGCAGAGAGCCUAGCCCAGACAGCUCAGAGGCUGAGGCGCCAUCCUUUCCUCUGCAAGGCCUACGAGGUGAGACAGCUCUUCGCAGCAGACCCUGAGCAUCCUCUGCUCACCUAAGAAGCAGCUCAUCAAAGCCGAUUUCAAACGUGAAUUCUGUGUGACUGAUUGCAGAGCUGUUUAGACUAGAGGCCCAGAGCACCUGGAUCUGAGAGUCUGCGGUCAGAGAUCAAUCCUACCCGGACAAGAGCUAUUGCGGAAAGCACCUGUUGCAGAGACUAGGCUUGAAAUAAAGGUGGAAGCCAGUCUCUGAGCUCUGUUCCUACCCAAACACAAGGAAGAGGCUGCUGGGGAACGUUCCUUUGGAGGUUUCUGCAGAUUGGACUGUUUUUGUUUGCAGAAAGUCCAGGCGUCUUGUAUUCAGAUAUCCAAUUGUUGUCAGGCAUGGCUAGCCUCCUUGCUAGGAUGGGUAACAGUCGCCGGCAGAAUGCAGCUUUUAUGCCUUUUGCCCAUUCCAUGCUGAGGGCCCUGGGGAGGAGCCUUGGUCCUUUGAUUGCCAACAUUGCAGAGAGAAACAUACAGUCGUUCUCUGGGAGGGCAGAGCUAGGACCCGGGGAAGAAACCUUUGAAAACUGGCUAAGCCAAGUCCAUGAGGUCCUGCCAGAUUGGCCUAUGUCUGAAGAAGAAAAGAUCAAACGCCUGAUGAGAACCCUUAGGGGCCCUGCCCGGGAGGCCAUGCGUUUAUUCCAGGCUGACAAUCCCAAUCUAAAUGUCGCUGAAUUUUUGCGGGCAAUGAAGCUGCUCUUUGGAGAGUCUGAGAGCAGUAUAACAGCACAUGGCAAAUUUUUAAACACCCUGCAGGCACAGGGAGAGAAACCAUCCCUGUAUGUGAUCCGUUUAGAGGUGCAGCUACAGAAUGCUAUCCAGGCAGGGGUCCUUCCUCAGAGCGAGGCAAACAGGACUCGCCUGCACCAGCUCCUUGUAGGGGCUGAGCUGAGUAGGGAGCUGCGCACCAAGCUUAAGGGUCUUCUCCAAAUGCAUGCGCAUAAUGAGCAGGAAAGCCUUCCUGACUUCCUGGAGUUAAUCAGGAUGAUAAGGGAGGAAGAGGAUUGGGAUGAGACUUUCCUUAGAAAUAAGCGGCCCAGAAGAUCUGAGACAGUAAUGGAGCGGGCAGCCAGCCCUGUCGUCUUUCAGGGCUCCCUGCCUAUAGUGAUAGGCAGUGCCGACUGUAAUGUCAUAGAGAUAGAUGAUUCCCAGGAUGAUUCGGAUGAAGAUGUGAUUCUGGUGGAGCCUGAGGACCCUCCACUCUCAUCCCCAGGUGCCUCAUCCCUCCGAGGCACAGCCAGUACUCAGGAAGAAAUGCUAAUUAUUGAAUCCCCUGAUGAUUUUGAUGAGGAGUCUCCUUCUACUAGCAGUGGUUCUGGGCAAAGGAAUAAUGGGCCUGGGGAUCUAGGUAGAACCAGAAAGCGCAAGUACCCAAUCCGCUGUCCUCAUUGUGGUGAAGAGGGCCACGCCAAAGAAACCUGUGACAAUACCAGCAACAAGGGCCAGGUUUUUGAGAAUUUGAUAGUCACUCUGCAGGAGCUGACUCACAUGGAGAGACCAAAACCCUCUGUACCAUACUAAGGUGUGACACUCGGCCCCAGAUCAGUGUUUGAAUCUCCUCAGAAGCUAAUUCUGGAGGAAAAAGGGAUGGGGUGGACUGCUGACAUAAGGAAUUCAUUUAGAACAAGCGUUUUCUUUGGAGAAGAAAAAGCAAACUGGGGUACCAUGCAACAGAGAGGCAUGGGCCCACAUCAUUCCUUGCUCAUUCCAUUAACUGCUUAAUGGUUGUUUCUCUGUGUGUCUUUCUCUGGUGAUUUUAAUCUAUCCGUGAAGUGGUACCUUUUUGAACCUUCCAAAUGAAAUUAAAAAGAAAAAAACUAAAGUGUGCAUUACCUGAAAAAUCUCACCCUGAACUGUCAGCCCUUUGGUGAAUGUCCUGCAUAUUUCCCUGUACCUGUGUGCCUCGGUAUAUAUGUAUUGAUAAAAGUGAUCACAUGUAAGUGCUGUUCUAUAGUAUGUAUUUUUUCAUCAGGCAGUAUAUAUUGUGGACUUCUAAAUAGAUGAAUAUAUAACCAUCUAAUGUCAUGCAUACUAUAUCUUUGGUGAAGACAAAUAAAAACUGAAACUAAUUGUAA